AUAAAAAAAAGAAAAAAAAACACAUUUCUUGGAAAGUAUAUGCAUGCAGUUUUGAGUCAAACCCAACCCAGCCCAAUUAUCAUCUUCUCUUUUUAAGGAGGUUAUCAGAAGAAACCCUAAAACAAAAAAAAAUCAAAAUAUCUGAAAACAGAUCGGUUCUUAGGGUUUCGCAUCGCAUCAUGGGCAGUCGCAAUACCAAUCCCAAUACCAAUCGCAAUCGCAAUCGUAAGAAGAAACGUAAGAUGAGCCGUGCGGAAAGAACGUACGAGCCAAAGAAUAGGGAAUUGAUUUGCCGGCGGAGAAGGUUUACCAAACCAUUCAAAAUCGGGUUUUAUGCUCCUGGGACUGAACCUCGUCGUAUUCCAUAUCAUCUAUACUUGUUGAUUAAGGAAUCAGUCCAUCUUAUGCAGAGGGGUUUAGAUUCAGCCCUAGUUGACAAAAAAAUUAGUUUCUUUUGUGACUUCUUCUAUUCUCAUCUGCCAGUUGGCUGGAAAUACGACAAGGAGAAUGCAGCAUCCCUUAUUGCGGACUACGACACCUCUCUGCCUAAAUACGAUAUUUCAGGCUAUACCUAUCUCACAUAUCCGUAUGUUAAUGAGUUUGAUGAUGACGCACGACUAUCUAUCAGCACGGUUUUUGAGCUUAUGAGAACUAUUUACUCACGGAUAACGCCUACUCCAAAGAAAUUUAUGCAAUGGGAUGAGGGUAUGAUGUCAUUCUACUGUAAACUAUGUUCCUGUUUUGGCAUCGAUUAUCUGCAUCUAGAGGCUGCUUCCAAGGACGAUGUGGUUUUGAUGACUCGCAGUAAUAAGUGCGUUGACAAGAUCUCACUACUGGCAAUACCAUAUUUUGAGUGGGUUGACAAGAUCCCAUCGAACAAGCGUAAUCCUGUGUUUAAGCACAAGACGAAGCUUAGCAGCAACGAUGAGGCUUUUGUACUCUCGAUAUUUGAGAUUUACAAGAUCUUAAGUUUUGUUAUCUGCUCACCGCGGUUACCUCCUCAGACCACGCUUACUCGAUGGAAUGAGUAUCAGAUAUCAUUCUAUUCUAAAAUGUGUUCCUACUUUCGCGUGGAUUUCAAGCGUUUGGCGGCUGCUGAUACUACUUAGUUUUCAGCAAAUUACAACUUCACCAUGCAUGGUUGUUUUCUCUCAUCUGUUAAAAAACCGGAUUUUAUUCUAAAUGUCGCAUUGCUUUCUAGUUUAAAAUGUCUGUAACAUAUCAGCACCAAAAUCGUUCCUAACGUUUUGGGCGUUUUUAGAAUAUCCAAACCCUUAAAACUAUUACCUUUUAAAACAA